AUGUUGCACUCCCCUACGCCCGUCCGCGCUGCGCCCUCAAACUCGGUGCCCUUCCCCUCUGCACCGACUCUGCAGAGGCAGAACACGGCACCAAUCGUGCUCGAUGUGGAGAAUCUGGGAUACUCGUACACGGAUGCAUACGCUACGCUUCGGGUCGGACGCCAAGAGCGUCCUCAUAGCCGCAACGCUCGCCGCUCACCAGCACCCUCGACAUGGAGCUAUCGAUAUGGAUCUCUCUCGCAGAAAUUAUCGCCCGUAGUAGAGGAGGGAUCGGAUGGCCGCGUCCCACGUCGAUCUUCGUCAUUCCGCACGCGCGCACGCGCGAGCGCGGCAUCCACUUCCCGCGCACGUCAUCACAAUACACGCACUCGACGCGCGCGGCCGCAUUCCGUCGCGCAGUCCGUACUUGCCGACGAUGCGCUUUUGGAGGAAGUCACCUACGCGUACUUCAGUAUGCAGCCCUCGGCGGAACGUGAGGCGCGCAAGGAGGAAGCUAUGCAUAAAGCCAAGGAGUCGAAGCGGCGUGGGCCAUUUAGGAGAGUCAAGAGCGUCGCCGGGGCCACGGUCCGUGCUGUGGCCGCGGCGUGCAACAGUAUACCGCCGUCCACGAGACGUUACUGGAAACACGAUCCAGCGCGUUGA